GUAACCAUUCCGCUUUCUUUCUCACCUCACUUCAGACAUUCUGAAAUCCAUUGGCAUUCGACUCAACGCUAGGCAACCCCCAAUGGACCUACCUUCAUCUCUUUCCUCGUCCGACGGAUCGAUUCUCAUACUACCCAUUAUUGUGGUAUGUGCUCAAAUCCAAACGCACAAGAACAAAUGUGACCGACGAAUAAGCAACACGGCCUGCGGGACUGCGACAAUAUCAUGUUUUUCUUUUGACAGCCUUGGAUGCUGCAACUAAACACUCUGCGGGAGCUCAGAAUGUCCUCUCAUGGACUUGCUUUUUCAAUGCAUCUUUCUUGCUUCAUAGCCAGAAACCCCUUCUUACUUGAGCACUAACUGCUGCCUUGUUGAAACUGCCACGGCACUCACCCAAAGCAACCAGAAAGAAUGGCAUCGCAAGAUGGGCUGGUCCCACACUUAGUAUCUGCAGCUGCUGUCUUUUUUGACCGAGAUGUCGGUUGCAAUACUUUUGAAUGGGAAGAACCUGCCCAAACAUUCUUGGCCGACGUGGUCGCCUCUUUCGUCCAUUUCCGCUAGUGGCUAGGGUGUCUGCACACAUGGCAGCUUGGCUUCGGUGUUGCAAAGUCACAUUGGUAGGACUACUGGCUGUUGCGUGUAGGCAUCGGCAUCGGCAUUGGAGAUGGCGUUGGUCGAACCACGGUUCUGGAAUCACUCCAAAUCCAAAGUGACGGUACAGACGGAGCCGAAGACCUAGGGCGUUGCCGAUGAGCUGCUCUUGGCCAGGUUGAGGUUGGACCAACGUUACGCCCAUGCCCUAACGGCCUUGGGGUGUCGGGGCCGGGCUCAAACACGUGCCUCAUCAAAUAAACGAUUCUCGCCGGUACCAAAGCCAACCACCAACCCGACCGUCAGGGCUAUUAUUCUCCCGCCGAGGGAGGAGGCGGCGCAAAAACCGGCCCUAGAAUAUCUUCUCCCUUCUUCGGUGGCCUUGCUAGCAAUGGCAGGUCUCACUCACUACCUUCGUGUUUGUCCGUCCGCGGUUGGUGUGGCGUGCCGGCUCCACGCCGCAUUCGCGUACGGGGAUCCGCUUACGGCCGGCAGCAUCGGGGCAGGGACAAACAAAAUGAGUGUUCGGAGCUAGUGAGAGCGAUUGCGCUGAACGCCGAACGUUCUUCCCCCUACCAAUUCGUCACGCCGAACGCCGACUCGAUUGUUGCGUUUGAGCAUGGCACCUGUUCUUUUUAGUCAAGGCCUUUCGUGGCGUCGCUUACUAUCCUGUACUUCGCACUCUCUUCCUAAGCACAACCACCCUCUCUGGUCAGAUGUGUUUUCGGAGCUUGUUGUAGCAUCAUUCACUAUGAGUUGCACCGGUACCUCGUCUACCAAUACCAUAUCUGUUUAUCACAAGCCGUUGUGAUCAUCCUCCUUACCUUUUCUCCUCUCGUCAUUGUCUUCGUCAUUACCCCGACUCUGAAAGACUUCGGGGCCAGAAAGGGACGUACUGUUAGGAAACACGACAUCCAUAUCUAGGGGGGGCCAUUCCCAGCACCGCUAAGCAUACAAUACUGGAUCUCGAGCAUUCUCCCACGUCGGAAAGAUCACCAAGAAAUUUCUUCGACGCUUGUUUUUGGUUUGAAUACUACUCCUGGGUACAACGAGUCUUUCAAAGGCCGAUCUUUUUCGAACCAUGGGUCAAACCAACGAGGACGUCGAGGCUAGCAAGACUGAGAUCCCCUCAGAACACCAGUACAGGGACGCCAACCUCCCGACAUGGCGGUUUUGGGUUCUCAGUGUCGGGCUCUGCCUUGGAUUAUUCCUUUCAAUGUUGGACGCUUCCAUUGUAGCAACGAGCCUGUACACGAUCGGUGCAGAGUUUGAGUCGGUAGACCUCAUCAACUGGGUUGCUCUGGCUUACACCCUUACUUACUUGAGUUGUGCUGUCCUGAUUGCACGAGUAUCCGACGUUGUGGGCCGACGAAAUGCUUUCCUCGCGAGCUUCAUCAUAUUUUUUGCCUUCUCACUAGGCUGCGGCUUCUCCCAGAACCUGGAACAGUUGGUUGCAUGCCGCGCCUUGCAAGGGCUAGGAGGAUCUGGUGAGUCGUGCAUAUCUCUAAGAAGUCACCAUCAUCUAAACCCACUGCCAGGUCUGUACUCCAUCACAAUGAUCAUAUUCCCAGAGGUCGCACCGAGGCACUUGCUGCAGUAUAUUUCCAGCCUUGUGGGCAUGGUUAUUGCAAGUGCUGGCGUGCUAGGGCCGGUCUUGGGAGGUAUCCUUACCCAUUAUGCCUCCUGGCGUUGGAUAUUUUGGAUAAAUGGCCCCAUUGGCUUCAUCUCGCUACUUGUUUUUUACUCAACGUGGCCCGAUGCCAGGCACCUGCCCACUCUACAACGUAGGAAGUGGAAGGAGUUAGACUUUGUGGGGUCUAUUCUCCUCGUCGCCGCCUCGGUACUUGUUGUGUUUUCAUUCCAGAACGCCGGAACCGACGGCAAUAAGUGGUCACAGGCUAUAUUUGUCGUCCCAGUCACUAUUGGCGGGAUAUGCUUCAUUCUGCUGCUGGGUUGGGAGACACUUGUCUUCAAGAUUUGGAACAACCGCAUCAUGGCCGCCAUCCCGAUCCGUCUACUGCACAACCGCGUGUACGUUGCCACCAUCUUUAACACGAUGUUUCUAGGGUUUCCGUAUCUUCUUGUCAUCUACGCCUUCCCUAUCCAUCUACAGGUCGUCCACGGUAAGAGCUCGUUACUAGCGGGUAUACUUAUGCUCCCGAUGCUUGGAUCUGUUGCACUGGGCACCACGCUUGGCGGGAUUGCCAAUAAGACCAAAAAUCGGCUUUUCGAGACCACGGCAGUAGCAAGCUGCUUCAUGACCCUUGGGUGUGGCUUGAUGACAACGUUGUCUUCGUCUGUUAAUCUGGAACCCAAAGCACUUGGCUUCCUUACGUUCAUCGGCUUUGGCUUUGGCUUGUCCGCCACUUCCUCCACCGUGUUGGGAGCAACAGAGUCGGAAAUUUCAGACCACGCCCCUGCACAGGGAAUCAUAGCACAGGUCCGGAUUCUCGGUGGCAGCUUGGGUAUAGCGGCGUCAACGGCCAUCCUAGGCACCUUCAUACGGAGCGACCUGGCUGGCGUAGUCAGCCCGGAGCAAUUGUCAUCGUUACACGGAGCGGGGAUGAAUCUGACGGAGGCGCAAGCCACGUCCGUCCGUCAAGCAUAUACGGACUCUUUCCGGAAAGACAUGCAUGUCGGGACGAUUCUGUCGGGCAUAGCGAUACUCUUUAGCUUAGUAGUCUACCGCCGAAACAGAAUCACAUUCGAGGAGCAACGACAGAUGCACAUCAAUAUUGAGGUGGAAAGACGUCGGAGAGUAUCAGCGGCGACGACGCUGGUAUCUUCGAACGCAACGGAUUAAGCUAUCAGUCAUCGGGCCCGGGGUUUUACGGUCAAAGCAUUUGCAUGGCGUUUCUGGUGUUCUUAAAGACAUGUAUGGCUUUGCGCACAUUGAUGCGAAGGAAAAUUUUAUAUUGUUACGUUGUAAUGUUGGAUACAUCAAGUUUUCAUCGGCCAUUGGCCAGGGCGGAGAACGUCAAUGACAUACCCAGCGGUUCUGUGUAUGUUCGUGAGAAAUACCAAACAGGCAUCAUUUUGAGCCCUGCCUUCAACUUCCUCCAGCUUUGUCUGGAACCUGUGGGUUGGAAUAACCGAGUGUCGUCCAAGCAAGUUCACACUCUCUG